CAAUCUGAUUGGUUGGCAGAUUCAGGUGGUAAAGCCUGAUCCUGCCUCUCACUGUAACGGCCCGGAGAGCUCUGCUCUCCCUCGUAGUGUAUUUUUUAGUCCUGCUUCGGUUGCUUCCCUUCCCCUCUGCCGCCAUUAAAGCCCGUCAGCUUGAUGUUUGGGAAUCGGGGAAAAGGAUAACAAUGAUUUAACGUGUCAAACCAGACGGCCGAGGGACGGGACUAGGGGGGGUUCUUGCUCCGCGUGUACAGCUUGCUUUGUGAUCUCCUUAAGAGUGGAUCUGCCGAGCUGAGAACCCCUCUGAACGGCAGGAAGCCUCCCUCAGCGGUGGUGCGACGAUGACCGAGCUGGUUGCCAAGUGGGCCUGUGAAUACUGCACAUACGAGAACUGGCCGUCAGCCAUCAAGUGCACCAUGUGCCGUGCUCAGAGGCCCAGCGGGGGUGCCAUCAUUACUGAGGAGCCCUUCAAGAGCAGCCCAGCUCUGGAUGCCAGUCUACACCAAUGGGACCCUGCAGGCCUCAGCAACAGCCCAACCCAGGGGGGCUCCAGCUUACUCAUUUGUCCAGACUCCAGUGCCCGACCCCGUGUACGCAUUGCUGAUGUACCUGAGACUAGUAGCAAGUGGUCGUGCCAGAUGUGCACCUACUUGAACUGGCCUCGGGCCAUCCGUUGCACCCAGUGCUUGUGCCAGAGGCAACAGGCUCAACAACAGCAUGGGCAACAUGCAUCCCAUCAGGGACAUCAUACCCAGCACCCACGCAGCCCCACAGAAUCACCCCAGACCUCAGGCUCCGGUUGCCGCCUGGCUUCCCCAGCCACAACUACAGACCCCUGUGAGGAAUAUAAUGACCGAAACAGGCUCAACACUCAUGCACAACACUGGACCUGCACUGCUUGCACUUACGAGAACUGGGCCAAGGCACUCAAGUGUGUGGUGUGCGACCACCCCAGGCCGAAUAGUCUGCUAACAGAACCCAUCAAGCUGGCAUCAGAACCUGAGAGCCAACAACCUUCCUUAAAACUUAAUGAACAGGACAGGGACAACAAGAGGGGUGUUGUUGGUCAUGUGGUUGGGCAAGGAGUAGGAAGUGUGGUAAGUGUGGUGGGGGGUUGUAGCAGCAGCCAAAGGAGGUCACCCCCUACCUCAAAACGGGAGUCAGAGGUGAACAUGGACUUUCAGAGGAUUGAAGUGGCAUCAGGGGCUGGGAUUGGGAGCAAAGAGGAGCUGGAGGUGGAUUUCAAAAAACUGAAGCAGAUUAAGAACAGAAUGAGAAGGACUGAUUGGCUGUUCCUCAAUGCCUGUGUUGGUGUUGUGGAAGGUGACCUGGCAGCUGUGGAGGCCUACAAGUCAUCGGGGGGAGACAUUGCACGACAGCUAACAUCAGACGAGGUGCGCCUAUUAAAUCGGUCCUCAGCAUUUGAUGACGGCUUCACGCUGGUUCACCUAGCCAUCCGCUUCCAGAGACAGGAUAUGCUGGCUGUGUUACUUACGGAGGUGUCCCAACAGGCAGCCAAGUGUAUUCCAGCCAUGGUGUGUCCUGAGCUAACGGAGCAGAUCCGUCGUGAGGUGGCGGCCUCUCUUCACCAGCGCAAAGGAGACUUCACCUGCUAUUUCCUCACUGACUUGGUGACCUUCACCCUGCCUGCAGACAUUGAGGACUUGCCCCCAGCAGUUCAGGAGAAACUGUUUGAUGAGGUGCUGGACCGAGACGUACAAAAAGAACUGGAAGAGGAGUCUCCCAUAAUUAACUGGUCCCUGGAACUUGGGACCAGGUUGGACAGUAGAUUGUACGCCCUGUGGAAUCGCACGGCUGGGGACUGUCUCCUCGACUCCGUGCUGCAGGCUACAUGGGGCAUCUAUGACAAAGACUCAGUCCUCCGCAAGACCCUCCACGACAGCCUGCAUGACUGUUCUCAUUGGUUUUACACGCGCUGGAAGGAAUGGGAGUCGUGGUAUUCCCAGAGCUUCGGCCUGCACUUUUCACUUCGGGAGGAACAGUGGCAAGAAGACUGGGCUUUCAUCCUUUCCCUGGCUAGUCAGCCAGGAUCCAGCUUGGAGCAGACCCACAUUUUUGUUCUUGCACACAUACUUCGUAGGCCUAUUAUUGUCUAUGGAGUGAAGUAUUACAAAAGUUUCCGUGGAGAGACGCUUGGCUACACCCGUUUUCAAGGGGUGUAUUUGCCCCUUUUGUGGGAGCAAAGUUUCUGCUGGAAGAGCCCUAUCGCUCUGGGCUACACGCGGGGCCACUUCUCCGCACUGGUGGCCAUGGAGAACGACGGGUUCGACAAUCGUGGCGCGGGCGCCAACCUCAACACAGACGAUGACGUGACCGUCACGUUCCUGCCGCUAGUGGACAGUGAGAGGAAGCUGCUUCACAUUCACUUCCUGUCAGCACAGGAAAUGGGUAAUGAAGAGCAACAGGAGAAGCUGCUGCGGGAGUGGUUGGACUGCUGUGUAACGGAGGGCGGGGUUUUGGUUUCUCUUCAGAAAAGCUCCCGCCGUCGCAACCACCCACUUGUCACCCAGAUGGUGGAGAAGUGGCUAGACGGCUACCGGCAGAUCCGCCCCUGCGCCUCUUUGUCUGACGGCGAAGAGGAGGAAGACGAUGAUGACGAGUGACAAAACUGAAGCGGGGUGGGAGGCUGUCUGCGGGGGGCAGGACUCCUCCCUCUUGCAGUUCUCUUUUAUUCUGUUUUCCUUAACGGACACGGACAAACUGUGAAAGCCUUCGGGAGUGAACAGGGAACCACGAACCCCCACCCACCUACCACAUCCGACUGAACACACUGCUACUCUUUUAGCACACACAGGAACUCGGACUUUAACUUAAAACACACUCAACACUUUACUCGGACAAACCAGAGACCGACAAACUCAACUGCUGCAAAACAGAUUUGGGGAGAGAAUAAAGGUUUACGAAUGCAAAUGCCCUUUGGAUUUGUUUUGAUUUUCAAAUAUAAAGGAAAAAAGGAAUCUUUAAUACAUAGAUGUAAAUGCAUGUGGUUGUUUAAAAAAAAAAAAAGAGUAUAAGGAAAUAUACCAGCAAUGAUUCAAAUCAACACUUUAUAUCUAUUCAGUGUGGGCACUGACAAAAGCACACUUCUUCUCAAUCCUUUUUUUGUCCCGUUUAAGAGUUGGCUUAUUUAGCUUUUUCUUUUUUUUUUGAAUGGGCAGGGACAAAGCCAAUAAAUAUAUCUAUAGAAAACCAGAGGUUGUGUAACAAUAAAUUACUUUAAUCCUUCAUCACUUAGCACUGCACAUUUAUUAAAACAUUUCUAUAUAAAUACAGUAUCAUUGCUUGAAUUAAGGUCAUAUAUGAAGCUCUUGAAAAGGGAGAUUUUCCCUUUACAAGUCCAAUCUACACUCGUUAAGUUUUAGCACAUAAACAUUAAUGUUGGAUCUUUUGGUUUACCUUUUUUCAGACUGAUUGAAGUUGUGUGUGUGUGUGUGUGUGUGUGCGCGUGUGGUUAUUCUUCUCUGAACUUACUUUACAUAUUUAUUGUUAGAAAAACUUAUAUGAGCUAAUAAGAACUUUCUGUAUAUUUUUACUGCUUUUUGUGGUUUUGUUAAUUAUUCUCAAUCUUGAUGAAGACACGUUGCACAGAAACAUUGUUGCUGUGAGGAAAGAACCAAUCAUGACCAUCAGUGAAAGGUUUACUUGCGUUGCUGCGUGCGGUUAAGUACCUCAUGUGAAUGCCUAAAAUCUGGUGCUUUUCUUUUGGUCAGGCGAGUGUGAGACACAUUCAGUGUCAACAGAAACCCCGGGGUCACACUUGUCUCAUCGUUGUCUCCUACUUCCUUUUUGUUCUUAUUUUUAUUUUUUUAUCUUUUUGCUUAAGCAUUUUUCGUCACCCUCAUGGUACAUGUCAGUUCCGCUCCUCUGUAACGCCUGUUUGUUGUCAUUAUGUGAAACCAUCUUUUAAGUUUUUGAUUAAGAUUGUUGUGAGACUGCAACAUAUUAAACCAAAGCUGACAGAAAAAAGAAGAAAAACACUUUUUUGCUGUGAAUGUUUUGCAUUUAGUUUUUUCUUGCCAUUGCGUACUGUAACCUCCUUCGUGUUUCAUUCAAGUCAUUCACGUUUUGAGCAUCACCUGUAUGUUGCUUUGUAUUUAAUGCAAUAGUUGCAGUUGUGACUAUGAUGGUUUGUGGAUUUUGGCCUGACUUCACUAUACAGAGUGUAACGCAAUGAACAGGCAAAAUAAGGAAAAAAAAAAUAAAGGAAAACCUUUUUGAAUGUCCAACUAAA